CACGUGCUCCCCGCAGCCGGUUGAAACCGUUGGCGACGCCGGCUGAGAGGACAAGACUUCGAGCCUAUCUUGGAUAGAGAAUAUUUAAUCAUUUAGCUAAAAUGGUAUUUUUUACAUGCAAUGCAUGCGGUGAAUCAGUGAAGAAGGUACAGGUGGAAAAGCAUGUGUCUAUCUGCAGGAACUGUGCAUGCCUUUCCUGCAUUGACUGCGGUAAAGAUUUCUGGGGUGAGGACUAUAAAAACCAUGUGAAAUGCAUAAGUGAAGACCAGAAGUAUGGUGGCAAAGGCUAUGAAGGUAAAGCCCACAAAGGCGACAUUAAACAGCAGGCGUGGAUUCAGAAAAUUAAUGAAUUAAUUAAAAAACCCAAUGUCAGCCCCAAAGUGAGAGAACUUUUAGAGCAAAUUAGUGGUUUUGACAACAUUCCUAGAAAAAAGGCAAAGUUUCAGAAUUGGAUGAAGAACAGUUUAAAAGUUCAUAAUGAAUCGAUUCUGGAGCAAGUGUGGAAUAUCUUUUCUGAAGCUUCCAGCAAUGAACCAGUCAGUGAAGGGCAGGAUCAACAGCCACUCAACCAAGUGGCAAAGCCACCUGCAGAAAUCUCCACCAAGGUGGUGCCUUCCAAAGCAAGUGACACCACGAAAGGACAAGCAGAGGCAAAGAAGAAUAAGAGAGAAAGGAAGGAAGAGCGGCAGAAGAAUAGGAAAAAGGAAAAGAAAGAACUAAAAUUAGAAAACCACCAUGAGAAAUCAAAGAGUCAGAAGCCUAAAAAGCAGAAAAUGAGACCGGAAGCAGAGCCGGAGGCUGGAGGGGAGGAUGCCACCAGCUCCGCAGGGAACAAGAGGCAGAGGAAGAGGAAGGGCCAGCAUCUGGAGGACGGGGGUGUGGACGGAGAUGCGGACAAGGGAAAGACAAACACUGGUCCAGGAAAAAGGAAGCGGAAGCUUUCCGAAGGUGUGUGUCCAGUUGAAGUAUAUUCUAAGAAGAAAAAGAUAAAGUUCCCAGGACAUGCUGAGGGCAGAGAACCAGGAAACCACGAAACUCCUGCAAAAGGUAAAUUCAAUUGGAAGGGAACUAUUAAAGCAAUCCUGAAGCAGGCCCCAGACAAUGAAGUAGCAUUCAAAAAGCUAAGGAAAAAGGUUUUAGCUCAGUAUUACGCUGUGACCGAGGACCACCACCGGUCUGAAGAGGAGCUCCUGGUCAUCUUCAACAAGAAAGUCAGCAAGAACCCCGCCUUUAAGUUACUAAAGGACAAGGUCAAACUUCUGAAAUGAACAUUUUUAUAUUUAUAAAUUGAGUCCAUUCUA